GAGCGUGACAAAACAUUUACCGAAAUUAUUCGACGAAUUACUGUGCCAUAACCUUGCAACGAAACAAUUCCAACAGUCCAAGUUGCUAUCCUGACGACACAGACUCAAAGAAAUUAGCAAAGUGCGAGUAAAACGGUGAGAACGAAAGCUUCGAGAGCGACAUAAACCCCAGCCAGCGGCAGCGGUCUCCAUUUUAACUUCGAGUCCGAUAUAUGCCUCACGUGUCUUGGACUGUCUCUCUCACAUGACCCGAGUGUUUGUUCCCGUGAUCAGCACUUCCAUCUACGCGUCUGUGUCACUGAAUAUCACAUUUUAUUUAAACCCUGAUGGAUAUGCACCUCGAACAGAGUCUGGACACCGCGACAAGGUAAUACAAUGCCCUCCACUUCCUCUCCAUCACGUAUGGACGUCUCCUCUAGCAAGCGAAGGCCUGGCCUCCAUUUUCUAGAAAACAGCUUGAUUAUGUGUAGUAUAAACUAGAUACAAUAAAGUGGUUUAUUUUAGUCAUCUUUUUGCACAGCUAAGCUAGAAAAUCCAAUUAGAAAAGGGUUACAGUAUAGCAAACGACUGCAGCAUUUCAUGCAAACACGGUUUUCUACGGUAGUUAAUUUACAGUACUAGGUAAAUAAUCUAAAUCUUGCUAGUAGUAGUAGUUAGCUAGCUAACGUUAGCUAACUAAACUAACGUUACCUAGCUAGUUAGGGCUAUCCGUUUUGUUAACACUGAACUAACAUUAGUUAGCUUACUAGAUAGUUCGUUAGAGAUAUAACUUACAAAGUUAACUUGCUAGUUUACAGUUGGAAUGUAGUUACUACAUCCAUUUUUGGACUUGUAAAUUAAAGAUGCACUAUGUAGAAAUCGCUCCACCAUUUCCUGGUUGCUAAAAUUAUAAUAAUUCGCCUAAUUUCAGUUGAUGUGACAAAACAAGCAACUAUAGUGUAGAGAAUCAUUGUACCGUCUAAACCGCAGUGAAAUAUAUUUUCCAUAACCAAACAUAUUGUAUUUUUCAGCUGUGCAAAGCUGUCAAGGCAAAGGCUGGCUAUUUUGAAGAAUCUCAAAUGUAAAAUAUAUUUUGAUUUGUUUAACACUUUUUUUGGUUACUACAUGAUUCCAUAUGUGUUAUUUCAUAGUUUUGAUGUCUUCACAAUUAUUCUACAAUGUAGAAAAUAGUUAAAAAAAUAAAGUAAAACCCUGGAAUGAGUAGGUGUUCUAAAACUUUUGACCUGUAGUGUAUAUAUAUUUAUUUAUUUAACCUUUAUUUAACUAGGCAAGUCAGUUAAAGAACAAAUUCUUAUUUACAAUGACGGCCUACCCCGGCCAACCCCUCCCCUAACCCGGAUGACACUGGGCCAAUUGUGCGCCGCCCUAUUGGGCUCCCGAUCACAGCUGGCUGUGAUACACUCAGGGAUCGAACCCGGGUCUGUAGUGACAGUGCAGUGAUCACAAAACAUUAUUUCCCCUGUUAUAGCCCAACUAGAAGAUAAGCCAUAAAAAGCCUGGGGAAAGUUGUGUAAUUUAAAUAAAAACAGAGAGGAAGAGGCAAACUUUAAGCUACUUUGGUGAAUUUGCAAGGCAUUGCGUGAUUCAGAUUACCAAAACAUCAUAUACCUGAGAUCCUGAGUGGCGCAGCGGUCUAAGGCACUGAAAAACAGAACAACCCCUAAUAUGAGUAUACACCUGCUCUUUCAAUGACAUAGACUGACCAGGUGAAUCCAGGUGAAAGCUAUGAUCCCUUAUUGAUGUCACUUGUUAAAUCCACUUCAAUCAGUGUAGAUGAAGGGGAGGAGACCGGUUAAAGAAGGAUUUUUAAGCCUUGAGACAAUUGAGACAUGGAUUGUGUAUGUGUGACAUUUGGAGGAUGAAUGGGCAAGACAAAAUAUUUAAGUGACCUUGAACGGGGUAUGGUUUUUCACGCUCAGCAGUUUCCUGUGUGUGUAUCAAGAAUGGUCCACCACCCAAAGGACAUCCAGCCAAUUUGACACAACUGUGGGAAGCAUUGGCGUCAACAUGGGCCAACAUCCCUGUGGAAUGCUUUCGACACCUUACAGUGAGGGGAAAAAGUAUUUGAUCCCCUGCUGAUUUUGUAUGUUUGCCCACUGACAAAGACAUGAUCAGUCUAUAAUUUUAAUGGUAGGUUUAUUUGAACAGUGAGAGACAGAAUAACAACAACAAAAAUCCAGAAAAACGCAUGUCAAAAAUGUUAUAAAUUGAUUUGCAUUUUAAUGAGGGAAAUAAGUAUUUGACCCUUCUGCAAAACAUGACUUAGUUCUUGGUGGCAAAACCCUUGUUGGCAAUCACAGAGGUCAGACGUUUCUUGUAGUUGGCCACCAGGUUUGCACACAUCUCAGGAGGGAUUUUGUCCCACUCCUCUUUGCAGAUCUUCUCCAAGUCAUUAAGGUUUCGAGGCUGACGUUUGGCAACUCGACCCUUCAGCUCCCUCCACAGAUUUUCUAUGGGAUUAAGGUCUGGAGACUGGCUAGGCCACUCCAGGACCUUAAUGUGCUUCUUCUUGAGCCACUCCUUUGUUGCCUUGGCCGUGUGUUUGGGGUCAUUGUAAUGCUGGAAUACCCAUCCACGACCCAUUUUCAAUGCCCUGGCUGAGGGAAGGAGGUUCUCACCCAAGUCCAUUGUCCCUUUGAUGCGGUGAAGUUGUCCUGUCCCCUUAGCAGAAAAACACCCCCAAAGCAUAAUGUUUCAUUUACAUUACAUUUUAGUAAUUUAGCAGACGCUCUUAUCCAGAGCGACUUACAGUUAGUGAAAGGAUACGUAUUUUCUAUUUUUUUCAUACUGGCCCCCCGUGGGAAACGAACCCACAUCCCUGCCGGCCAAACCCUCCCCUACCUUGGACGACGCUGGACCAAUUGUGCGCCGCCCAUGGGUCUCCCGGUUGCGGCCGGCUGCGACAGAGCACAGCUAGCACUGUGAUGCAGUGCCUUAGACCACUGCGCCACUCAGGAGUUUCCACCUCCAUGUUUGACUGUGGGGAUGGUGUUCUUGGGGUAAUAGGCAGUAUUCCUCCUCCUCCAAACACGGCGAGUUGAGUUGAUGCCAAAGAGCUCCAUUUUCGUCUCAUCUGACCACAACACUUUCACCCAGUUCUCCUCUGAAUCAUUCAGAUGUUCAUUGGCAAACUUCAGACGGGCCUGUAUAUGUGCUUUCUUGAGCAGGGGGACCUUGCGGGCGCUGCAGGAUUUCAGUCCUUCACAGCGUAGUGUGUUACCAAUAGUUUUCUUGGUGACUAUGGUCCCAGCUGCCUUGAGAUCAUUGACAAGAUCCUCCCGUGUAGUUCUGGGCUGAUUCUUCACCGUUCUCAUGAUCAUUGCAACUCUACGAGGUGAGAUCUUGCAUGGAGCCCCAGGCCGAGGGAGAUUGGCAGGUCUUUUGUGUUUCUUCCACUUGCGAAUAAUCGCACCAAGCUGCUUGGCGAUGGUCUUGUAGCCCAUUCCAGCCUUGUGUAGGUCUACAAUCUUGUCCCUGACAUCCUUGGAGAGCUCUUUGGUCUUGGCCAUGGUGGAGAGUUUGGAAUCUGAUUGAUUGAUUGCUUCUAUGGACAGGUGUCUUUUAUACAGGUAACAAGCUAAUCUCAGCUCGUUACCUGUAUAAAAGACACCUGGGAGCCAGAAAUCUUUCUGAUUGAGAGGGGGUCAAAUACUUAUUUCCCUCAUUUAAAAUGCAAAUCAAUUUAUAACAUUUUUGACAUGCGUUUUUCUGGAUUUUGUUGUUGUUAUUCUGUCUCUCACUGUUCAAAUAAACCUACCAUUAAAAUUAUAGACUGAUCAUUUCUUUGUCAGUGGGCAAACGUACAAAAUCAGCAGGGGAUCAAAUACUUUUUUCCCUCACUGUAGGUGUUCCUAAUGUUGGGUAUACUCAGUGUGUGUUUGUGUUUAGUUUUUUUUAUCAUAUCAUAUAUAUCAAUAAAGGGAAACACUGUCCAUUUGAUUCUUGAAGAUUAUAACUGCCUCAUGAGUUAAAUGUGCUAAAUGUAAAAUGUCUCACCCAUGUGGAAGCUAGGUGAAUUGCAACAACAAAUAGGCUGAAUACAAACUCGGUGAGGAGGUUAGUGCUUUUUUAAUGUCCCAAGGAUCCCGUAUAGCAUAGACCAUGGUGGUUACCACCCAAGAUUUACUUUCAGUUUUGUCCACCAAUUUUGUUAAUGGAAAUAUAUUUUACAGAGAUUUAGAUUCCCUACACUAUUCAAAUUGAGCGAAGAGUGUGGAAUUUUAGCAACCAGGAACUGACACAGCGAUUUCUACACCGGCCACUUGCCUCAGUCUGCCAUUGUUUGUUGUGUUUGAGGAGGCUAUGACCAUGUCUUUUAGUGACGCCGAUGGAAGAGAGGGAUCAGUGGUGUAAAGCACUUAAGUAAAAAUACUGCCAUCUCUAAAUGCUUUGUUUGUAAAUGAUGUCUGAGCGUUGGAGUAUGCCCCUGGCUAUCCGUAAAUUAAAAAAACAAGAAAUGGUUCCGUCUGGUUUGCUUAAUAUAAGGAAUUUGAAAUUAUUAACACUUUUAUUUUUUAUACUUAAGUAUAUUUUAGCAAUUACAUUUACUUUUGAUACUUAAGUAUAUUUAAAACCAAAUACUUUUUGACUUUAACUCAAGUAGUAUUUUACUGGAUGACUGACUUUUACUUGAGUCAUUUUCUAUUAAGGUAUCUUUACUUUUACUCAAGUAUGACAGUUGGGUACUUUUUCCACUACUGAGAGGGAUGGUGCUGUUUUCCCAUCUUGACAACAGAAGCCGGUCUAGCUUUUGUUGUCAAAUAGAAAGCAAAGACUUUUAUAACCAACCCAAGAUAGACCAGAGCCUGUCGUUUCCAAUGGGAGCAAAUUAAUCAUAAUAAUAAUAAUAUGCCAUUUAGCAGACGCUUUUAUCCAAAGCGACUUACAGUCAUGCGUGCAUACAUUUUUGUGUAUGGGUGGUCCCGGGGAUCGAACCCACUACCUUGGCGUUACAAGCGCCGUGCUCUACCAGCUGAGCUACAGAGGACCACAUAGUUGGCAGAACGAGCAAGGAGAUGGGAAGAGCCAAGCACGAGCUUGUAAGAUCCUAUUGUCGUGUUCUAGCAUGUAUUUGCGUAUUUCCGUUAGGGAACGCCUACUCUGUGAAGUGUGCGUAUGCAAUAACUCAAUUCGCCCUUUCACUCCUAAACAACGCAAUACAUUUUGGGGGGGCCAAGGGUAAAGUGUACAAAACACAGUCCACUCUGUUUGUUACAGAUUCUAGUUUUGGAAACCAAAAACGGUAUGGAGAUCAAAUGUUUAAUCAAUGAGAACAUUUGUAGAAUCUUCGCACUGCCGGCCACUGGGCUUCCUCUCAUCACCAUAUUUGGUAGUGAGUGGAAACGCCAACCGGAGGCUUCACAUUUUUACAUCCAGUGAAAUAUCGGUGUAGAAAGUCUGCAUUUUAGAAUGUGAUUUUGUAUUGUGCCCAAAUUAUUUAUUUGUGAAAAAUGUUAAACUAUGUUAAAACUAUAAUUUUGAUGAUAUGGACGGUCAGUCAUGGCAUCCAUAGCUCUGUUUAUGAAUUUGAGAGUGGUUACAUUUCUCCAGGCCCAUCCCUAAUUUUUUUAUUAGGUAACCAUAUUAACACCACACUGGCGGUCACGAGUUAUGAAGGCAGUCACAUUCCAUGUGACCAUUUACUCACGGUAAUUAGCCUUCUCCAAGUUCUGAUGCUGAUGGUGGUCAUUAGUAGCCUACCAAACUUGCUAACUGCCUGGUACUCAGCACUCUGUUGUCCCACUAAUCACUCUGACAUUCAUGCAAAUGUAUGAAAAAUCUAAUCAAACUCUUCAUGAGAGCCCAUGAGCUCAUGUUGCGCAACAUUUCUAUAGGCUAUGCAAUUGCAUGAGAAAACAACAGUGAUGGCCUCUUAAAAAGAGGAGGAUCCCAUCAGCUCUCUGUAGGCUUACUAUAUUUAUUUAUUUAUCAACUUUCCCAAUAUUUAAGUACAUUGCUUCUCUUUGCAACAGGAGUAUAGCCUACCUGGCUGGCAUGAAAAUGAACCACGGAAAAGCGUCCUCCAUUCGCCAUUUUAAGUGCAUAGAUGACAUGUAUUUUUUUACCCUGCCCAUGUUUCGAGACAGGUGCAUGAUAAUGGUCCAUUCUAAAUCAAAACAAAUUUGACACGUACAUUAUUUAGUAUGUGUAAAGACUAGAUUAAGUAGUGUGACAAUAUUAGCCUAUCACUUGUAAAUGAUGCCCAGAUUAAGGCAAGAAACAGCACAUGCUUUUUUUGUGACCUUUUCAAAUCACAGUCGCACACCUCAUGUAGGCUAGUCCAUAGACCUAUAUGUUUUGAUAAGGUUUGUAUCACAAAUAAAGUGGCCAAAUAACUUCUUUUAAAAUGAAGCACAUUCAUCCACUUUAUGAGUGUAGAGCCUAACUGGCAUACAGGCCGCUUGUGAGUUUCAAGUUUGGGGAAGAUCAUUUUCACCAUAAAAAUGCACCUUUAUAAUAAAAGCAUCACAUGUAUAAUUACAUUUGGUCACUUUUGAGAAUGGGGUUUUCUUGCUAAUGGAACAUUUGCGCUUAUAGCCUACUGCCCUGUGCGCAUUGCGGCGUGUAAAAUGUGAAGAAAUAGACUAUCAACAUUUUAAGCUAAAAGUUCUCAUCUGUUGCGUCAGGCUCAUUGCUUAAAACAUUUAUUUUUAAUGGUAGUGGUUGUAUUAAUGUGGGAUCUAUCGCAUCCCACAACUGUCCCAGACUAUGUUUGGAAUAUUUAUUUCUCGCACAGAAUAGAAUAGGUCAACUUUUGUACUAUGGGGGAUAGUCGAUUGACAUAGACUAGUGCUUUUGCUGUUCAUUAGGCCUACUCAUCUUGUUAGCUGACAAAAAGUAAAUGUGGACAGUUCUUCCCAUAUCUUCAGUAUGCGCCUCGGAAUUGGAUAAGGACGAGCGCAGUUGCGUCCCCGAUGUGUCUGUCUUCACUUGUAGCCUGUGAGAAAGACCCGAUCACGUGGCGGAGAGCCAUGUGAGUGAUAGGUGCUUCGGCACGCAGCCGGGAGAAGGGAAUUAUAAUUAUUAUAUUCAGCCCAAGGGCACAACGGCCAGUGGCCGCAAAAUGCAUGGAUUUUUUUUUGGGGGGGGGCUACGGCCACCCAAAGGGGAUGCUGCUGGGAAAUUUGAGGCAUUAUCAAGUGCUUGUCAAAUUGUGAAUGAGAGACUGAUGAAGUGUGUGCAGCCUAUGCAAAAAAUAGAGCAGAGCUCAUGCCUUUCAUUCGACUUUUUUCAAAUCAUCAUUAGUCGCAUCAUGCAGCCUUAGAAUGUAUUACAAAUCUAAACAUAUAGCCCAAUAUUUGUAUCACAACUAAAGUUGCAUAAAUAACUCUAAAUUAAGCAUAUAGGAGUACCUGUUUCUUUGUUAACCGCUCAACACAGAAUAGCCUCGUGCUCACUCCCUCAAAUCGUUUGGAGAAAAUAUCCUUUCUAUUUUAUUCAGCUAUGGUCAAUUGUAUUCUUCAUACUAUAAAAUUGUCUAAAAUAAUGCCAUGGAAUUCUAAGCAAAUCUUGUCUGCUAAAUGAACUAGUGUAGCCCACAGACAUUUGGCAUAGCCAGAUCAGUCCCUAACAUAAGGACAACUCAGAGUAUGCUAUUCUGUUCUUCUGAAAUAGACAACAUUUUCUUCAUAUCAUGCUUCUUUAGACCUGUCUGAAAUCAAUAAUGGAUUUAUUGUGAUGGUGUAGGCUAUAUUACAUGGAUUUAUUAUAAUUUUUAAAAUGUAGAUGUUCCAAAGGUCUACAUCAGUGGCUUGUAGGCAAUGUGUGGAAGCCAGGAAAUGCUAAAUGUGUUUGUUAAUGGUCAAUUACCGUGAGACCGACAGUUAUUUGCUUGACAAUCACCGGCUGACAAUUUCAUGACCGCCUCAGCCCUAGGCGGGGUGAACACUUUAUUGUUUCAAUUGAAGGAUUCUAGCUUUAAGGCUACCUUGACAUCAGUAAAUUGAGUUGCCAGCUUAUGUUACUAUUUUGUGAAUGUCAUUCAUAACUAGCUUGUGCACUUAUCUUUUCUAGCUAGCUAAUUGGCAAGCUUGCUACUUUUCACUUUCAAUGCAAUGGCAUGCACUAACAAUGAUUAGCUGUCAGCUGGAUAGAUGAUGUAUGCACAUCUGCUCUUGACAUCUUGUUGGAAUAUAGCUGAAAAUGUAGUUAGCUAGUGUAUUUGUUAGGGGUGUAACGAUCCAUCUACUACAUCGAUGUAUCGAUUUUAUAUUCCUAUGAUCCAACUACAUCGAUCUGUGCUCGGCGAGUUGGCCUUUUGGACAACAUAUAUCAAUCUAACAUCGUUUUAAAAUGUAAUAAAUCGAUUGUAUCGAUACUAGGAAAUAACCCAUUGGAUCUAAGCACGUCAGAUUUUAUAUGGAUGUUUUUUCUUAGCACUUUUAAUGAUAAAGGCUUUAAACAUUACUCGAUUCAGUCUGCCUAUCCGUGACGUCAUCGCCCUGCGCCAGCAGCAGCGCAAAGACAACAAAACAUAGCAUGGCGGACGACAGAGGAGAAGCCGACGAGCGAGAAAUUAUCAAGCCACCAUUGCGGUCCUUACAAGAAACAGGAAUCUAGGAAACUUCACCUGCACUGUCCAGUAUCCAGGUAUUUAUUUCAGUCACACUGGUUGAAUUUUUGGCUAAAAGGUUACUGAAUCGAUUUCAAGUCACUGAAUCGUUUCGGAUCGUAUCGUUCUAAAUGAACCAAUAUCGUCCUUGAAUCGUAUCGACAACCACGAAUCGUGAUACAAAUCGAAUCGUUGUUAAAACGAAUCGUUACACCCCUAGUAUUUGUACUUCACUGCCAUAUCCCCUACUCUAUAAUAACCUUGUCAGCUAGACCUUGCUUGCCUAUGUUUAGAAUUUCUCCUUGUUUAUGUCCUCCUUAGUCACGAAAAACAAGAGGAGGAGGUCAUCCAAUUAGAAGGUAAGAAUUGAUGUUGGGUUGUGUGUGCCAUGGUACAUAAGUUCACCAUUCUGACUCUUUCAUACAUUUCAAAGUACUGACAUAUUUCAGACAUCCUCUUGAAAAACCUGCUACUUUAAAAAUCAACCAAAGAACAGACUAAAAACACAUGCCCAAGUGUCAAAUUGUUUUAGGCCUAGCUUUUUGCAAUGAUGCUCCUUGCCUCACUAAUUUCUCAUCAAAGGAUAUCUGGGUGUUAUUUUUCUCUGCUAUCAAUCCUCUCAUUCCACUGUCCUUCUCUCAGGAGACGGGGGAGGGGAGCAGACUGCUGUUACCAUAGGCAGUAUUCAGCAGGCCCAGGCUUUCGCGGACCACAACAUUCAGUACCAGUUCCGCUCUGAGGGUGGUCAGGUGGGUGUCCCGUGAACAGCGUUUUGGCAGUUUUCUGGUGGGACAUUCCUAAUUGACAUAUACUCUAGGAACAUUCCGUAUUGACACUGAUUGCUGCCGUGGUCUUACUCUGUAGACAGUGCUGAUUUUAGAAACAUUGAACUAGCUGAAUUCACAUAGGUCUGUUUUUACUGUAUGGGGGCAGUUUACUGCAUCACUCAGUAGAGCAGGGAUGGGCAACUCUGGUCCUCAGGGGCCGGAGUGGUGUCACACUUUCUUCCACAUCCCUAGCAAACACAGCUGAUUUUAAACUAAUUGCAUUCUAAACUGAACACCAUGAUUAGUUGAUUAUUGGAGUCAGGUGUGUUAGCUGGAGCAAAAGUGUGACACCAAGCAGGCCCCAGAGGACUGGAGUUGCCCAUCCCUCCACUAGAGAAUCAACCGCAUCACAAAAUGGAAAACCCUGAAUAACCCUGUAUUCAACACUAGCCUCUCCGUUGAAUUGAGAGCCUUGUGUGCGUUCGCUUUGAACCCAGACAGCAGAUCCGGCCAGGACACUGAUAUAGGCCUACAGGUUUGGAUGUAGCAUUGGGUCGUCAAAUUGGUUGGUUAAUUGUGAAUGUAUAUGUCUACGCUUUUGUGGAUUAUCAGAGUGGAUGUUAUCUUCACAUAAACCAAUUUUUAGGUGAAGGAUGAAGCUAGUUUGAGCUGGUCCGUUCGCUGCUCAUUUGGAGUACACACAGCUGGUGUGAGUGAUCAUGUGAUUCCAAUCCCUUUCCUGGUUUGUCAUGCGGCUGGUGUCACAUGUUAGUCAGGAGGCGAGUCACAUGAUUAAGGGGUACAAAACCGGAUUAUUUUGAAACAACAAGUGUUUUUCUGGACUGGUUUUUAUAUUGAAUCAGGCACAUUCUGCAAUAUAAUCAUGUUGGGUGUGUGGAUCACUUAUAGGCCUAGCAGUAUCAUUCGAUGUGCAAGGGCUUAAAUACUAUAGCCUAGGGUUUGAACCUCAAUAUGAGGUAACCAACCUGCAAGUACUGAAAACACAAAGUGACAUUGAAAUGACAGUGGUCAGGCUAGAAGGCAUCCCAAGCUCUUUCUUGUAGAAUUAAUGACUCCAGUUUCUCUGUCUCUCUCUCUCUCUAUCUCUCUCUGUCUCUCUCUCUGUCUCCCUCAGGUGACUUACCGCGUUGUCCAGGUAACUGACCAGCAGCUGGAGGGGAGAGACGAUGGGGGAGGGCCGGUUAGCGUGGUCUCCACGGCCGCCUUCCCCGGCGUUCCUCAAGCAGUGACCCAGGUAGGUACCAGAACACCAGGAACCAAGGCCGCUACUGUUACCCCUUACAAUAACACAGUUCCUAAUGGCUAAGGAGUGUGACAUACUUCAGUAGACAUUCAUGGUUCAAUCAAACUAUUGAUCGUUAUACAAGUUAUCUGUAUAUUUUUGUUAUGCACGAAUCAGGACACUUUUAUAUAUGUCACUUGUAAUGAAUUAUUUUCAAGUAAUAUCCAUGUUGUACGUUAGUUGUCAGUAGGGCUUGCUAACCCUUCCCACCUUGUCCCCCGUCAGGCUGUGAUCCAGAACCCUUUCAGUAAUGGGGGUAGCCCCGUGGGAGAGACGCUGGGAGGGGAGACGCGCUUCGCCUACUUCUCACCUACGGCUGUGAGCGAUGGCACUGUGUCUGUGCAGACCACCUCCGACCCCACACAGGCCGGGGGUGAGUCAGCGCUACCGCUACUUCUAAUGCUAGGCUAGCAGUCUUCUGAGGGAAAAAUACUGUCCCUCAUUUUUGGUUCAAGUCCAGACAGACAUAAAGAAGAAUGACCACUUAUCAAAUUGACAUUUGAGUACCAUGACACAGUGCUGACUGAGAGAGAUUAACUGUUCAUCCCCUCAGCCACGAGGUUUGUCUCAUUGCAAGAGUCCUGUGUCACUCAGCAAAUUCUCCCUUAAGAGUUUGUCACUGAGGUCUCCAACCUGCCCCAUUUUCUUCUCUCUCUCUCUCGUUCCCGUGUCAUCUCCUCUCCCACAGGUCAGUUCUACGUGAUGAUGACCCCUCCUGACGUCCUGCAGACAGGCACACAGCGAACCAUAGCCCCGCGCACGCACCCCUACCCUGAGUGAGUAUCAACCACACUGCUUCUUACUCUCCUCCUAUGUCCCUCAUUUUGGGGGGACUCUGAAAGGAGAGCCCAUGCACACAGCAGUCUGAGCCACUCCAGAUGUUAAGCAGUCAAAAACCUACCUACACGGUCCUUACGUUCAUCUUCCACAAGCAUGUCAGACAUGUUUUCCAAGUAGGAACUAGCCUAUACACCUAGGUGUUAUGCGAUAAUUUCAACCUUUCAUCAAUAAUGACCUGUUAAGAAGUCAUUUGACAGGAUUUUUCUAGAGCUUCUAAGAGUUUGUUUACUUUACUUUGAGUCUGAGAUGUAUCAGUUAGACUGGAACACUAAAAGUCACUGAUAUUGACUAUUGAAAAAAUAGUGUAUUGACUAUUCUCUCCAAAAACGGAAAGUAAAGUUGAACUGAAUCCCCCUAUUCCCUUCCAUAGAGAUUUGGGUUGAGCAAGAGCCAGACCUGGUCCUGGGUCAGACAGCACUGCGUGUGUGUGUGUGUGUGUAGUUUCCUUGAGCACUCUGCUGUUCUCUUGGGAUGGGAUGAUAUCAUCACAGGGGUGUUGUGUUAGUGCAUGUCCCUGUCCUUGUUGCCCUGGUUUCCCCCUUCCUUGCCUACUUCCUCCUCAGUUGUUUUCUCUUUCACAAUCAUUAAUAUCCUUAUCAUGUGAUUAAGCUAUUCUCCUCAAACCACUCUGAAUGAGUAACACUGAAUCAAAACCAAACUAAAUGAUCUCUCAUGACAAAUUGAUGAUGAAUGAUAUGUGUGUCAGUUAAUUAAUUUGACAUUAGUGUUCUGGUUAAUUUAGGAAAUGAAUGUAAAUGUGCUUAUUAUUUUUCUAUAAAGGCAUACGGCAUGCCCAGAGCCAAGGGGUGGGAAUAAAUUGGAAACAUGCCCAUAAACUGAACAUAUAAUCUAGAAGGGAGAGUGCCAGGCAAGUGUUUGAAUAUAAAACGAGGAGUUGUGUGUUUGUUAUGAGCUUGUGUUUCAAGGGUUCUGCACAUAAGGGAAAUGGUUUGGAAGAAUAGGUCCAAAGUGCUUUUUUUUAUUUUUCAUAAUGCCGUGCUUGUUUUGCCAUCCAGAACGAGCACAUGAUCCUCUCAAAUCUAAUUUGUUGGACUAAGUGGAUAUGCCUUGCCUGGUCAUUUCCCUGCCUGUAUGUGAUGAACUCUUAUUCUCGGGCCUGUGGAACAACAUGGAGAUUUUACACCUCUUAUACUCCGAAAAAAUACAUUUACAAUAUAGCUUUAGGUAAAGGGGAUGGCCACCAAUUUACACACAGUAAGGUGUUGGGGUAUGGUUUUGUUAUUAGGACUGAUCUUGACUCGUCCCAAGUUCUUAAGGCUGCUUGGGGCUUUUGUGUGGGAUGUUCGUACAAGACUAGUCCAUUCUAGUUAGUGCGGGCUGCAGUGAUUCCCUAGUUCUCUUUGGCUACCAUUAAAGCUUUUAUAUACUUCACUGAUAAAUGUACAGUCUAAAAGGGCUGGAUACCACUGCAGUGUGUGCUGCUGUCUAGGGAGGACUUGUUUUUUCUGUGGUUUGCCAUUCAAUUCUUCCCUUUCCAUAUGUUUUUCUUGUGGGUGUGAUAAUUUGUGUAUUUGAUUUGUUCUUACAUCAACAAUGCAUAAACUAAUCCAUGACUGAGCAUAUUUGAUCUGUGCAAAAAAUGAAAUUAAAUGAAAACUUCCACCGCUUACCUGCCGUUCGCAGAGACGAAAACGAGAUGCUGCAACAUGACGGUUUAAACUGGUGAGGACAACUUCCACAUCCCCCCUCCCCAUGCAACCAAUGAACCAAUCAAAUUAGGCCUAGAUCAUAUACCACAAGGAAGAAAGAACAAUCAUACCACCUCCUUAUUCCCUUUAGUACAAUUCCCCGGUGAAUAUGUUAGACCCUUGAUGUGAUUUUAAGCUACAUUUAGCAUUGGAAGAUGUGUGUACUCUUUGAUGGUAGUCCUGAUUGCCAUGAGUUGUUUCUGUUCAGUUCUGUAUGACCUUGAAUAGCUAGGUUAAAGUAAAAACAGUCCAUUUUGAUUUAUCUUGCUUUUAAUUGCUUUUACUCAUUAGAUGUGGAAAAGGUAAGUGCACUGCGUGAACACCAGCCAUUUUGGUUUAAUUUAUGACACAAUUCAUUAGACGGAUUAAAGCUUUGUCAAGGUAAGUGCUGUCGAAAAUUGUAUUAGUUUACUGCCGCGGCCCUGCGCAUCUCGUCUCCAGUGCCUUCGUGAGCUCAUCUGGCUGUCACGUAUGAGGAACUUAAUUAAAGAAUACCUAGGGGAAGACACACACACACACACAGAGGAGAAACAGUUGUCAUUAGCCUUACUCUGGACACCAAUGUGACAACAUCGCAAUUUAGGACCAUAAUGAAGCCCGCGCCUUAGAGACUCUCUGGGGUAUAGCGGGGAAGGGCACGUACACCUCCGACACCUCCAAGAAAUCUGCCUGUCCAGACGGCCGUCAGUAAUACAGUAGUUCCAGUCACUGCGUCUCGCUGUCAGCCCCAAGGAUGGUGUUAUUACCGCAUAUGCUGCCACAUACGGCUGCUUCAGAUCAGCACGGCUGCCCAAGGUGGUGCUUGGCGGCGCCCCCUGCAGAGUAUGGCUCUGGUGCCUGAGUGGUGUGUAAUUGUAAAGGGGUGAGGUGCUUUGAGAUAGUAGUUCUGGUGGGGAAUUUUUGCACUGGAUUAGUUGCGUGGAGCGCUGUAGUCUGAAGAUUUUUCUUUUAGUCUGAAGAGUUGCACCUGUUUGUAUGGAGGUGGACUGAAGACUCCCGGGUUUUGAAAAUAUGUGAAAUGUUCUAUUUGUUUGUGUCUGUAGGAAAAUGGAUGGCCCACGGACACCCAGAGAUGAAAGGAGGAGAGCUCAACACAAUGAAGGUGAGCAAAGGGAAGGGCCUACAUCACCCACAAUCCUCCCUGAUUAAUGUUCUCUUAGAGCCAAGAUAUCUUAACCAUGCAACUCUGUGCUUUCCUUCUGUGUUCCAAGAUACAUGGCAUGGCCAAAAGUAUGUGGACACCUGCUCAUCGAACACCUUCUAAAAUCACGGGCAUUAAUAUGGAGUUGGUACCCCCUUUGCUGCUAUAACAGCCUCCUCUCUUCUGGGAAGGCUUUCCGCUAGAUGUUGGAACAUUGCUGCGGGGACUUGCUUCCAUUCAGCCACGAGCAUUAGUGAGGUCAGGCGCUGAUGUUGGGCGACUAGGCCUGGCUCGCAGACGGCGUUCCAAUGAAUCCCAAAGGUGUUAGAUGGGGUUGAGGUCAGGGCUCUGUGCAGGCCAGUCAAGUUCUUCCACACCGAUCUCGACAAACAAUUUCUGUAUGGACUUUGCUUUGUGUACGGUGGUAUUGUCAUGCUGAAACAGGAAAGGGCCUUCCCCAAACUGUUGCCACAAAGUUAGAAUGUAAUUUUAUGCCGUAGCGUUAAGAUUUCCGUUCACUGGAACUAAGGGGCCUAGGCCAAACCAUUAUUCCUCCUCCACCAAACUUUACAGUUGGCACUAUGCGUUUGGUCAGGUAGCGUUCUCCUGGCAUCCGCCAAACCCAGAAUAGUCCGUCGGACUGCCAGAUGGUGAAGCGUGAUUCAUCACUCCAGAGAACGCGUUUCCACUGCUCCAGAGUCCAAUGACAGAUAGCUUUACACCACUCCAGCCGAUCUUAGGCUUGUGUGCGGCUGCUCGGCCAUGGAAACCCAUUUCAUGAAGCUCCCGAACAGUUUUGUGCUGAUGUUGCUUCCAGAGGCAGUUUGGAACUCGGUAUUGAGUGUUGCAACCGACGACAGACAAUUUUUACGCGCUUCAGCACUCGCCGGUCCCGUUCUGGGAGCUUGUGUGGCCUACCAUUUUACGGCUGAGCCGUUGUUGCUCCUAGACGUUUCCACUUCAUAAAACAGCACUUGCAAUUGACUGGGGCAGCUCUAGCAGGGCAGAAAUUUGACGAACUGACUUGUUAGAAAGGUGGCAUCCUAUGACGGUGCCACAUUGAAAGUCACUGAGCUCUUCAGUACGGGCCAUUCUACUGCCAAUGUUUGUCUAUGGAGAUUGCAUGGCUGUGUGCUCGAUUGUCAGCAACGGGUGUGGCUGAAAUAGUUGAAUCUACUAAUUUGAGGGGGCGUCCACAUACUUUUGGCCAUGUACUGUAUACAAUAUCUUGUUGAAUUUCUUUUUAAAUGAGGUGCACCUUAUGAUGUUUUAAUGUUUCUUUUUUUAUGUUUGAAGCCAAAGACAUUAAGUGAACAAUAUAUAAUUUUUCUAAUUCAACCCAGAGUUCUCAAUCCUCUGUAGACCUUUUGAAUUUAGUUCAUCACCAACCACUAAGGUACUGUUGAACUGUCAGAUGUUCCCACAAUGUCACAUCCUACUAGUGACUAUUCAGCUACAAAAUAUAUGUGACACUACCACUCCCGUAUGUAUCCCUAUUGUUCACUCCCCGCAUGUAUCCCUAAUGUUCACUCCCCGUAUGUUUCCCCAAUGUUCACUCCCCGUAUGUGCCCCAAUGUUCACUCCCCGUAUGUUUCCCCAAUGUUCACUCCCCGUAUGUACCCAAUGUUCACUCCCCGUAUGUAUCCCUAAUGUUCACUCCCCGUAUGUAUCCCUAAUGUUCACUCCCCGUAUGUAUCCCUAAUGUUCACUCCCCGUAUGUAUCCCUAUUGUUCACUCCCCGUAUGUAUCCCUAAUGUUCACUCCCCGUAUGUAUCCCUAAUGUUCACUCCCCGUAUGUAUCCCUAAUGUUCACUCCCCGUAUGUAUCCCUAUUGUUCACUCCCAGUAUGUAUCCCUAUUGUUCACCUCUUUCUCUGAACCUGUUCUGUGUGUCUCAACAGUUGAGAGGCGGCGGAGAGACAAGAUCAACAAUUGGAUCGUCACGCUCUCCAAAAUCAUCCCCGACUGCAACAUAGACAGCACUAAGACGGGGGCGGUAAGUCACUCUGUAAGGCACUCUCAGCAGCUUUGUCGUGUGUGUGUGUGUGUGUGUGUGUGUACACAUUUUAAUAUACUUGUGAGUACCAGAAGUCUUCGCAAGAAUAGUAAACCAACUUAAAUUCAGAGAAGUGAGGACAUAUUGCCGGUCCUCCCUUGUAUAAAGGCUAUAUUAGGCUUAGGGGUUGGGUUAAGGUUAGGCUUAGGGAAAAUAUGAUUUUGAAUGGGAUUCAAUUGUGUGUGGGGGGGGGGGGGGGGGGCAGUUUGCAUUCAUUUAAACACUUGUGCGUGUAUUGGUAUUUUAUUAGGAUCCCCACUAGCUGUUGCAAAAGCAGCAGCUACUCUUCCUGGGGUCCACAAGGCAGGAUGUCUUAUUGAACUCUUCUCUCCUUCCCCCAGAGUAAAGGGGGCAUCCUGUCUAAGGCGUGUGACUACAUCCGAGAGCUCCGUCAGAAUAACCAGAGGCUCCUGGACGGUGUCAAAGAGGUGGAGAGAGUACAGGUGGACAACGAGCUCUGCAGACAGCAGGUAAAACAGCCUAGAAAGAACGCUAUCACAAAGAAUCAGAGGCCUAGCCUGGUCCCGGAUCUGUUUGUGCUGUCUUGCCAACUUCUAUGGUCAUUGUCAGGCCAAACAUAGGAGUUGGCAAGACCACACAAACAUAUCUGGGACCAGGCUAUCACAUGUCCUGUGAACCAAAAGGGUUAAUGUUCAAACAAAUGAAGGUGUUUCAUUACAUUUAACGUUCAUUUUACGUUUGACGACCGAAGUGCCGUUUUUACAAUGUCAAAAUGAAGUUAUAGCAUAGAUUUAUAUGGAGAGUGUUUUGCCUUUCAUUACUUACUGAAUCCCAAAGCACCGUUCUUCAUGUCCUCAUUCUAAUGCUCAGAAGCGAACAGUCUCCAGUCCUGUGGGGGAGAGAGAGGCAGUGAGUGUGUGCUAGCCCAGAGGAGAAGCUGAGAUGAUAGUACAGUACCUUGAGAUUUAAAACAGAUGGAUGUUAUGGCCAGGAUUGUCCAAAACUUUUGUUGAAAAGUUUAUACAACAGACAUUUCUGUCUAGUUCUAGAAUCAUUGAAAGAACAAGUGAGGCCUAGAAGUUGACGUUGCAUUUUGCUAAGUUGCUGCUAAUUUAUUGAUUACAUUGAGGUCACCCAUUGUUGUUCAUUGGCGGACAUUGUUUGUUGUUUGUCUCAGAUCGAGGAGCUGAAGAAUGAGAAUGCCCUUCUCCGAGCGCAACUCCAGCAGCACGGCAUCGAGAGCGUGGGCGAGACGCCGCCACAAUGAACGAGGGAGAUGGGGAGAGCGGGAUGGGUAGAAGGAAGAGGAGGAUGAGGCAGACUGGAGAUGACACAUAGGAACAGAACAAAACGAACGAGCUACUGAAGAAUCACUCCUUUUCACAGUCGCAGACAGUUAGACAGUCUUCCCUGGCCUCAUCUUUGAGGCUGCAUCCGAGACUCUUGGCAGGCUCCUGCUGCUUUGUUGGCUGCACUUGACUGAUCCAGGACCAGUCGAAAUGACAAAAGAAGCCACCGUGUAGACAAUAUACGUGUCUCAGAGAGAGAAGAGGUCACAACCACCAGAGAAACCCUCUGCACAACUCCUCCCUUCCCUUUCUAUAUUUAUUUAGUUCUUUACCUGUGGACUGUGAUGUUGGAGAUUUUAUUGAGUUACGUUGUUGUUUUCCCCCAUUUCUUCAGUCAUGUUCUUAAUUUAACUGUCGUUAUGCAUUUAUUUUAGUCUGUAUUUGUGGUUGAAGUUCAUAUUACCAUUUUGUUACGUUAGCGGAUUAAAAUUGAUUAGUUAUUGUAUUGUUAACAAUAUGCCUGGAGAGACUCAUUUAGAAAAGCUCAUGUAUCCCAGAGGAAUAGAUUAUGUAUGAGUGUGGUAGGCUACCAGCCAGUAGAACAGAGAACACGGUACAAAUAAACUGCUGAAUUGCAGCACCAUGUGAAAGAAUGCCUUGAUAGUUGGCAAUAUUAUUAGGUGUUUUUGAAAGUGACACCAAUAUACAGUUAGCUCAAAGUAUUGGGACAGUGACACAUUUU